UGUGGUAAGUUUUCUUUCCUUAUAUACUUGAGUUUGUCUCGAAAUAUAUACUUCACAAUACAACAAAGCUAAAAAGGCAGCGAAUAAUUAACAUAGCUGCAUAGGAACAUCUUAUCAAGAGCCUCUUAUCAUCAUCAAACUAAAUCCUCCCCGAAUACUUUAAUAUACUUAGAAACACAAAUAUCCAAAAUGCCAGCUUCCAAGACCGAAACGGCGAUUCGAUUCCCCGAAGCCCAGGAUCAGAAGCGCCGGAUCCGUAACACCACUCAGGACCGCAAGGCCGUCGACAGGAAGAAGGCAGAAGCCAGCUCAGGCCGAAAUCGCUCUCAAGACGUUACGGCAUGGCCGGUCGAAGAACUCCUCGAGACCGGAAUGGAUGAAAAUGGAAACCCGGUCCCGGAUCCUGCCUCGUAUCGUGAUGGGAACCGCGCGAGGAAGAGUAAGGGAGAGGAGGAUGUGGAUGUUUAUGAUGCUAUGAAUGCAGAUUAAGGGGAUGUAAGGUAUGGCAUGAUGAAAGGAAUGUAUAUUAGCAGGGGGAUGGUAGUGAACGACAUGAAAUUGCAUAGCUAAAUCGUCUUGUCGAUAGGCAAUGAAAAUAUACUACUUAAGUCUACUGAUACUUAGCAUG